GACCUUCGAACAUAGAACAUUAAACAUAAAUUGCUGUGAUCUUCUUAGUUUUAUUCGAUAAAUAUGUUAAAUUCCGAAACAUCAUUGUUAUAUUCAAAUGGCAGUACCAAACAGUGAUAUUUUAGCAGCCUUACAACAGCAAAUGGCUGCACAACAAGCAAUGAUUGAGCAAAUCAUGCAAAAUCAAGAACUCCAGAAUCAACAACAGUAAUAACAAAGCCAACAGGAACAAGACAUAGAAGCAGAAGACCCACUUUUCAACACCCAACAACAAGUACAUUCUUUUGAGACACAACCCCAUCAUGAUUGGAAUCCUUCUCGAGAAUUAUCGCAACUAUUGGUCCAGGAAUGUCUGACAACCAACGUAAACAAUUGAUUGAAAGAUAUCCUGCCAUCCAAGGAGUCAAUUAUCAACCACCCGCCACCAUGCCUGAAGCAUAUGCCAGAAUGAGUUAUGAUCAAAAAAGGGAAGACAAAAUGCUCAAGCAUCAUCAAUAUGUUACUUCAGCAAUAUUCAGACCUUUGGAUACCUUGGCACAUGAGAUCAGCUCUGAAAUUGACAAUCCAAACGUUCACAGAUACUUGCAAAUCAUCAAUGAUAUUAGACAUUUAGUUUUGCAUGCUAAUUACGAUUUGACAGACUCUAGAAAAAACAUUGCACUCAAGGCAAUCAAUCCAAACUUUAGAUUAUCUGCUGCAAACAAUACAGACUAUAUUAUGGCACAAGACGAGUUUCAUAACUUGAUAAACAAUCAAUUCAGUACAGCAAAGGCCUUGCAAGCAGCUCAAAAGUUCAACAAGAAGUCUUUUUCUGGCAACCGUGUCGAAACACAGUCGUUGGUUCGGCGUUCCCAACUUCAGCCCAGCCAAACGGCCUCUGUUCAACACAAGCCCAAUUACAGCAA